UAAGCCCCGCCCUCUUCCGGGUUCGAGUAUCCGGCCCGCAUGGCUGCUGGGAGGCGCGUGGGGUCUGGCCCGCGGUCGCGUCCCGCCAUGGCGCGGUGGAAGAAGAAGGGGCUUCGGAAACGCCGAACUGGGGCUUCUCAGGCCCGCGACAGCGACUCGGAGGACGGCGAUUUCGAGAUCCAGGCGGAGGAUGACGCCCGGACGCGGAAGCUCGGCCCCGGCAGAGCCUUGCCCUCCUUUCCGACCUCAGAGUGCAUAUCAGACGUGGAGCCUGACACCCGUCAGAUGGUACGAGCCCAGAACCAGAAAAAGAAGAAGUCUGGAGGCUUCCAAUCCAUGGGCUUGAGCUACCCCGUAUUCAAAGGGAUCAUGAAAAAGGGCUACAAGGUGCCAACACCCAUCCAGAGGAAGACCAUCCCCGUGAUCUUGGACGGCAAGGACGUGGUGGCCAUGGCCCGGACAGGCAGUGGCAAGACGGCCUGCUUCCUCCUCCCGAUGUUUGAACGGCUCAAAGCACGCAGUGCACAGGCAGGGGCCCGGGCCCUCAUCCUCUCGCCCACCAGGGAGCUGGCCCUGCAGACCAUGAAGUUCACCAAAGAGCUGGGCAAGUUCACUGGCCUCAAGACUGCCUUGAUCCUGGGCGGGGACAAAAUGGAAGACCAGUUUGCAGCCCUGCAUGAGAACCCCGACAUAAUCAUUGGCACCCCUGGGCGGUUGGUACAUGUGGCUGUGGAGAUGAACUUGAAGCUCCAGAGUGUGGAGUAUGUGGUUUUCGAUGAGGCGGACAGGCUCUUUGAAAUGGGCUUCGCUGAGCAGCUUCAGGAGAUCAUAGGCCGCCUUCCCGGGGGCCAUCAGACGGUGCUGUUCUCAGCUACAUUGCCCAAAUUGCUGGUGGAAUUUGCCCGGGCAGGCCUCACAGAGCCCGUGCUCAUCCGUCUGGAUGUGGACACCAAGCUCAAUGAGCAGCUCAAGACCUCCUUCCUCCUGGUGCGUGAGGACACCAAAGCUGCUGUGCUCCUCUACCUGCUGCGUAAUGUCAUUCGACCCCAGGACCAGACUGUGGUCUUUGUAGCCACCAAGCACCACGCUGAGUAUCUCACAGAGUUGCUGACAGCCCAGGGGGUGAGCUGCACCCACAUCUACAGUGCCCUGGACCAGACAGCCCGUAAGAUCAACUUAGCGAAGUUCACACACAAGUGUUCCACCCUCAUCGUGACUGACCUGGCUGCCCGGGGCCUGGAUAUCCCAUUGCUGGACAAUGUCAUCAACUAUAGCUUUCCCGCCAAGGGCAAGCUCUUCCUGCACCGAGUGGGCCGUGUGGCCCGAGCAGGCCGAAGUGGCACAGCUUAUUCCUUAGUGGCCCCAGACGAGGUCCCUUACCUGCUUGACCUGCACCUGUUCUUGGGCCGCUCUGUCACCCUUGCCCAGCCUCGUGAGGAGCCCUCAGCAGAUGCAGUCGGCAGGGAUGGUGUGCUGGGUCGGGUGCCUCAGAGUGUGGUGGAUGACGAGGACAGCGGCCUGCAGACCACCCUGGAGACAUCACUAGAACUUCAGGGCCUGCACCGUGUGGCCGACAACGCCCAGCAGCAGUACGUGCGCUCCCGUCCAGCGCCCUCACCUGAGUCCAUCAAGAGAGCCAAGGAGCUGGACCUGGCAGGGUUGGGCUUGCACCCACUCUUCAGCUCACGAUUUGAGGAGGGAGAACUACAGCGCCUGCGCCUGGUGGACAGCAUCAAGAACUAUCGCACCCGCGCGACCAUCUUUGAGAUCAACGCCUCCAGCAGGGACCCAAGCAGCCAGAUGAUGCGCGCCAAGCGACAGAGGGACCGAAAAGCGGUCGCCAGCUUCCAGCAGGCACGUGGGGGGAGGCAGGAAGGGCCCACUGGCCCAGUCUCCCACAAAGAGCUGUCUCAGAAGGAGGGAGAAGAGGAGGAAGACAUGGCCGAGAGUGUGGAGGGUGUCUUCACAGAGGUUGUGGGCCAGAAGCGGCCAAGGCCAGGACCCAACCAAGGAGCCAAGAGACGGAGGGAGGAGGCCCGUCAGCGAGACCAGGAGUUUUAUGUCCCCUACCGGCCCAAGGAUUUCGACAGUGAGCAGGGGCUGAGAGUCGGUGGGACUGGAGGGGCCUUCGAGCAGCAGGUGUCUGGCGCAGUCCUUGACCUCAUGGGGGAUGAAGCGCAGAACAUGAGCCGGGGUCGGCAGCAGCUCAGGUGGGACCGGAAGAAGAAGCGGUUUGUGGGGCAGUCAGGACAAGAGGACAAGAAAAAGAUCAAGACAGAGAGUGGCCGCUAUAUCAACAGCUCCUACAAGCGCGACCUCUACCAGAAGUGGAAGCAAAAGCAGAAAAUUGAUGACCAGGACUCUGAGGAAGAAGGGCCAUCCAACCAGCGAGGCCCUGGGCCGCGGCGAGCUGGAAAGCGAGGGCGUAGUCAAGGUGGGUCCCAGCCGCGAGCGCCCAGUGCACCCACAGGCCGCAUGCGCUCAGAACUCAAAACCAAGGAACAGAUCUUGAAGCAUCGGCGACAAGCCCAGAAGCAGCGCUUCCUGCAGCGAGGCGGCCUGAAGCAGCUCUCAGCACGCAACCGCCGCCGAGCUCAGGAGCUGCGCCGGGGCGCCUUUGGCCGGGGUGCUCCCUCCAGGAAGGGCAAGAUGAGGAAGAGGAUGUAAGGAGCCAGAGUCAGCCCUGGGACUUGCUGGUAGCCCUGGAGUGGACAUCAGAGACAUGUCUCUGGGUCUGUUGGCAGAGCCUCCUAAGGAGCCAGUGUCUGUGAGGAGUAGUGCUGUAUGGCCACAGAAAGCAACAUCUGCUUCUGACUGGAACAUUGGGUGGGGUCUUGAAGGAUGCCUAGGAGUCUAAACUAUGCAAGGCUAGGCAGACUGAGUCCUGAGCCUACAACUCAGCUGCUGCCGCCUCUAUGUAUUCAGGGUUCACAGGUCAUAGCCGUGUGGCUGUGGGCCCUGGC